UAUGGGCCCCACUUCCUCCUCAGACCCAGGACGCUUUUCCACAGGAGAAGCAAGCACAACGGUUAGCUCAGCCGGGUUCGAACCCAGGACCCACUGUGUCUCCAGUGCGCAUGCUCCAGCCUCCUGUCUCCCUCCCAUGGUCUGAGAGGAGGGCGGUGGUCAUUUCCCAGAGAACAGGACAGAACAGACCCCCGCUCGGGGUUUCACUCCAGCUCCGGCCAACACCCUCCCGCACAUCCUGAGAGAUGCUUCUCGAUGAUGACAGCUGACUGGCUCGCAUUACAGAGCACCCACAUUGCGGGUACGGUCCUUAGGACGUGUCCUAAUGUGCAGAAUCAACAGCUUUUAGGGGAACCUCUACACCAUGAAGCCCCUAUUUUGAGCCAGUGACUUUCCGAGAUGUGGCUGUGGACUUUACCCAAGAGGAGUGGGGGCAGCUGGACCCUACCCAGAGGACUCUGUAUCGUGAUGUGAUGCUGGAGACCUUUGGACACCUUCUCUCUGUGGGUCCUGAUCUUCCCAAACCUGCAGUAAUCUCCCAGCUGGAACAAGGUGCUGAGCUGUGGGUGGCAGACAGAGGAGAUACCCAGGCCUGCUGUCCAGGCUGUAUUCUUGGACCUGAAGACCUUACAUUACUCAAGGAGCAGGGCCUCCCUAAAAAGGAACCAUUUCCCAUUACAGAAAGGGAUGUGCUUGCAAGGACUAUUACUUGUCAUUCCAUGACAGGAAUAGAUCGGGAAAGUGAUGGCCUGAGGCAGGCACUCAAGAAGGACCAGAGUAACUUAGGGCUAUUGAAAGGCCCCAAAGAGAUGCCAGUUCAUAGUCAAAGCAAUGAAAGUCUUGGACUUGGGGAAACCUGUAUUCCCAGCUUAAACAGAGAUCUAUUCCCAGAUAUUUCUGGAAGAGAAUAUGCCUGUACUUAUGGCUCACAAGUUAAAAAUUCAGAACAUAAACCAAGCUUAGUUAGUCAACAGACAGACUCCACAGCAACACAGCCCUUUGAUGACAAUGGCUGUCAAAAAGACUUUAAUCAGAUUAUACCCAUUAAAGAACUCACAAAAAGUCAGGUGCAAGAUAAGCCCUAUAAAUGUACUGAUUGUGGGAAGUCAUUUAACCAUAAUGCACAUCUCACAGUACACAAGAGAAUUCAUACAGGAGAGAGACCUUAUAUGUGCAAAGAGUGUGGGAAAGCCUUCAGCCAAAACUCCUCCCUUGUUCAGCAUGAGCGAAUCCACACUGGAGACAAGCCCUAUAAGUGUGAUGAAUGUGGAAAAUCUUUUUGCCACAGUACACACCUUACAGUCCAUAGGAGAAUUCAUACUGGAGAGAAACCCUAUGAGUGUCAGGACUGUGGGAGGGCCUUCAAUCAGAAUUCAUCCCUAGGGCGACACAAGAGGACGCACACUGGGGAGAAGCCAUAUAGCUGCAGUGUUUGUGGGAAAUCUUUCUCUCGGACCACUUGCCUCUUCCUGCACCUUCGGACUCAUACUGAGGAGAGGCCAUAUGAGUGUAAUCACUGUGGAAAGGGCUUCAGGCACAGUUCCUCCCUGACCCAACAUCAGCGGAAGCAUGCUGGUGAGAAACCCUAUGAGUGCCAACAGAGGUUGAUCUUUGAGCAGACAACAGCUUUAACAAAGCUUGAGUGGACAGAACCCCUCAGCUGUGACCCACCAUUGAGUCAAGAUGAAAGGAUUCAGCGGAGCGAUAGGCCCUUUAAAUGUAGUCAGUGUGGAAAAUGUUUCGUUCAAAGUUCUCACCUCAUCCAACAUCAGAUAACCCACAACAGAGAGGAAGGAACACAUGGACAUAGCCGAAGACGAGAACAGCCUUGCGGAUGGGGCCCAAAACUCCUUCAGAAUGCAUACUCAAAUUCAAGUGAGCUUCCUGUGGCCCAGGCAAAGGCAGAGCAAGCAAGCAGAGCCCUGGCCUUGUUUGACCUUCAUGAAAUUGUGCACGAGAAAACCCCUGUGCAUGUUAUUGGGGUAGAAGAACCUGCAAUGGGCAAUCCCAUGCUUUUUGACAUCAGAGAAUCUACAUAGAAAGAUAACUCUUCAGAUAACUUUUGAGUUACCAGGUACAAACAUAAGUCCACGCAGUGUAUAAUGGUGGCAAGAGAAGAUGGCAUAAUGUCAGUGGUGACCUCUGACUUCAUAAGGUUGCCUCUCAAACAGUUAAGGUUGGUGCUUCUCAAAUGUAUCAAACUCAGUUCCCAUUUAACAGACUUUUUCUUUGCUUUUCUAAGACAGGGUCUCAUAUGGCCCAGGCUGGCCUUGAGUUCACCAUGUAUCCAAGAAUGACUUUGAAUUUUCUGAUCCUCUGCCUUCACCUCCCUAAUUUGGGAACAUGGCCAUAUGCCACUAUACCCAGCAACAACAGACAUUUUAAGAUGUCUUCUCCACUACCCCAAAUGAGUUUACCAGUAAUAAAACCUACACAGGCAUAGUGUGGAAAUCACAUAUGACUCCUUUUUGUAAAGGAUAGUUAAAGUAAUUUAUAAUAGAAUGAUACGUACUGAGUCAGUGUGGUAGCUUGCCAUGUCCUUGCCAUUUUCGCCAGGAGAUCAUGGUCAAUAGCCUGUAACUUACAGACUGGUGCAGGGUACACUGCUGUCUACAUAAUACCAUAAGAGACAUUAUUUACAGAAUAAUGAUGAAUUCAUAGGAAAGCCUUGAACAAAUCAAAAUACUAUUGCAUUUGUGGAAAACUCUGCCUAAAUUCCAAAUAUAUACAAAGUAAUGUGUUUUUAUGUGAAUUCACGUCAGAAUCCCAGUUCACCUUUAACAUAAGUUACGUGAUGCAUGGCUCAGUUCUGCGCUUCACAGUCACUGCAGCAUGUUUGGCUCCUGUCCUCCUUUCAGUAAGUCAUCUGACAGAGAAGCAGCCACAGAAUUUUGCAGCAUUCUCUAAAGGAAUCACAGCUCAUAUGAAAACUACUAUCUUGAAAUAUCUAGGGUUGCUGUAAUAAUUUGUCCUCAGAGGACAUUUGGUAAUGUCUAGACAUUUUUGUCACUGUGACUGAAAAGAUGCUACUGGUAUCCAGGUGGAUGCCAGGAAUGUUCAACAUACUUACUGCCCAGGGAAGCUCUUCAACGAAUUUUCAAGCCCCAAAUAUCAAUAAUACCAAUGUGGAGAAGCUCUGAUAUAAACUCAACCCAGAGGGUUGAAGUGUAGCUCAGUAGUAGAACACUUGCCUAGCAUGUAGAAGGCCCUAAGUUCAGUCCCCAGUACCAGAGACACAAAUAAUAGCCCUCCUUUUCUAAACUACAAAUUCAUUAAACAAAGCUGUAUGUAUUUACAAUCAUGUGAGUUUGUUCUUAACAAAUAGAGUCAUUAUUUAUGUAUUAGUGUUUAGUAAAUCUUUCACCAUUUUGAAAUAUUUAUAUUUGGGGUGAAGAAUAUCUUUAUCUUUCUGUAUAAUCUUUUAGUGCUUACAAUGGAUGUUCUAAACGGUAAAUGAUAUGUUUCAUUGGGUCUUCCACACACCUCCACGUCUGUCCUUCCCUGGAUUGUUUUCACAUCCACUCCAGAAAACCUUUUUGUUCAUCUCUCUGAAUAUAUUUCUAAAAUGUUAAAAUGUUAAGUAUAUAUAACCAUAACCCUGGUCUACAGGGACAAAGCUAUUUGCAAAAUCACACUGAGCCAUCCUUUUGGGGGUUUGCCAUGUUGAUGUUUAUAUCUAUCUGUAUGUAGGUAUGUAUUUAUUUGUUCACUUUAUAUCACAAUUGUAGCCCCCUCCCUCAUCUCCUCCUGGUUCCACCCUUCCUCCAUCUUCCACCCCAUCCCCCUUCCCUAGUCCACGGAAAGGGGAAGUCCUCCUCCCCUACUAUCUGACCCUACCCUAUCAAGUUUAAUUAGGACUGCCUGGAUCCUCUUCCUGUGUGGGCUGGCAAGGUCACCCUGGCAGACAGAAGUGAUCAAAGAGCAGCAACUGAGUUCAUGUCAGAGACAGCCCCUGCUCCCCAUGGAGACUAAGCUGCCUGUGGGCUACAUCUGAGCAGGGGGUCUUUGGUUUAUUUCUUAAAGCUUUUUUCCCCCUUUAGUUUUAAGACAGGGUUUCUCUGUGUAGUCUUGGCUGUCCUAGACUCACUCUGUAGACCAGGCUGGUCUUGAACUCACAGAGAUCCGACUGCCUCUGCCUCCCUCAGUGCUGGAAUUAAAGACGUUCCGCUACACCCAGCUUUUUCCUUAAAUCUUUUAGUUGUACUAUUUCUUAGUCUUUUGUUUGUUACUUGAAUAACUUAAAUUUUGUUCCCGUUCAGUCCACCCUCCUUGCUUUGAUAUGGUCUUCCAGUUUGGUAUUAAGCCACUAAUAUCUCUGAGGCUCUGCUAAGAGGGCACUCCAUAAGGUCAUGUGAUGCCCAUUGUUCUCAAAGCUUCUCCCCCCUCCUUACACAUUGAAUGAGGUCGCUGCAAGAGGAUUAUUGGAAAGCUUUCCUCUCAGUUGUUAAUGCUAGGAAAAGCUAGGCUUUUUAUAAAGCAAGUUAUAUAUUUUUAAAGAUAUUUAUUUAUUGUGUAUACAGUGUUCUUACUGCAUGUAUACUUUGCACACCAGAAGAGGGUACCAGGUCUCAUCUUAGAUGGUUAUGAGCCACCAUAUAGUUGCUGGGAAUUGAACUCAGGACCUCUGGAAGAGCAACCAACCUCUGAGCCAACUCUCCAGCCCAAGUUAUAUAUUUUUGAGAUUUAUGUGUGUGUGAGUGCUCUGUCUGAACAUAUUCCUUGCAUGUCAAAAGAGAGCAUCAGACCCAUUAUAAAUGGGUUGCUGUGGUUGCUGGGAAAUGAACUCAGGACCUCUGGAGGAGUAGCCAGUACUCUUAACUGCUGAGCUGUCUCUCCAGCCCCCCAAAGCAAGAUAUUCUAAUGACCAUUUUAAUAUUCACAAAAAAACUGGAACCUUAUCUAGUUGCUUUCCUCCACAUGUUCUCUUUUUAUAAAGGAGGGGGAGCCUUCAACCUUUGUCCAUGCAGUUCCUGAAAAAAAGAACAUCUAUUGUUACCUCUGGUUUCUUAGAGAAUGAGGGAACCCACUUAGCCUAAAAGGAAACAAAUUAUAGAAAGUGCACAACUCAGCUAUAAUCAAGUACCUGUGUCCUUGAAAUGUUUUAGUUGAACAGAACAAUUGCCUGUCAGUACACUGCUUUGAACAGUCAUCUUGGUAACAUUUAACAGCAGUUCUUGCCACUGUGUGGGAAUUGUCCAGCUUUAGAACCCAUGGCCAUCACAGCAUCUCACAUUUGUAUUUCUUCUUAUCUAAGAACUCCAAAACUGAUGGGAUCUCCUUUGGAGUCUGGCUUCCAGGAUACUUUGGAUCAGCCUUUUUGUUAAUCUCUAAGGGUUCCACAAGACACUGUUGAUGUCCUAAGUUUUGUGUCUCUGCACUCUCAUUUCCCUCUGGAGUUGGCUUCCUAUUUCCCUUGUCAAGUCUGACUUCACAGCAGCUCAGCUGUUACAGCUUGGCCCAUGUGUCUUGGCUGGUAGUGUUUCAUGAACAUGGCUAAGAAAAGGAAGAUCAGCUGGCUGACUUUGGGCUAGACUAUGAAAUAGUAGCAUACUUGAAAUGAGCUGGUGGUGGUGGUGGUACACACCUUUAACCCCAGCACUUGGGGGCCAGAAACAGGCAUAUCUCUGGGUUUGAGGCCAGCUGGUCAAGGAAGGCCAGGGCUACACGAAAAACUGUCUCAAAAAUCAAAUAAACAAACAAAUGGUAUGGGGAAAUAUCAGACAUGGGACGAAUAUUACUAAUCACCAGAACAAAGGUAACAAAACUAGGUAUGUUGCAUUUAGAAAGUAAUAAAGUUAGACUUUUGUAUAACUUUAUGGUAGUUGAGAUAAGAUUUCCGUACUCAUUUAUAUUGGAGAUGAUGCUGCGUUUCUGCAUUUUUCUCUUGGUUCUGAGCAGACUGCCAAAGCUCCAGCCAUUGCAUCUGUAAUCACCACCGGAAGAAGUAGGAAAAUAUGGCAGGUCAAUACUCACAUCUGUCUUGAUAUUUCAAAUAAAGGCCUUUCGAGAA